AACCAAUAAUGUGUGAAACAAUGGAUACCAUCAUCUAGUGUUUGGACCAAAUUUGUACAAAUUUUAAUUGUUUUGUGUUUUAAUAAAUAGUACAGUUGUUGACAUAUUUUGAUAAUGGGACGUCCUAAGAAAAGCAAAAAGCGUAAACAUAAGAACACAAAAAAAGCUCGCAGUGAGUCGAUUUCGUCAGCUGCUGCCACAGAAAGUGAACUUCUUUCGCCGUUUGCCGAAUCCGAGGUGGAGCCGAACGAUGAAGAAGACGAAGAUGAGCUGGAAAUUGACGACGGACUUCGGGUUCCGCUGCUCGAUGGAAUCCCUUUGUUGGCCGGCCGAAUGGGCGAAAUGAUGAUGGUCGGAGACGAACUGAUUCCGGUUUUCGACGUUGAAGAUAUCAUUCGGGUUCCACCAACGAUACCGCCCAAUUUGGGUUACAAUCGGCCGUUGCCCUUGUCGCCAACUUCUCAGCGCUACAAGAAUAUCUUGGAUGAGGAAGACACUACCUCGAUGGCGGUACGUUACGCAAUCCGAAGGCUGUCGCGACGCCCAAGACCGCUGGAUGAGGUACCGUUGAGUAUGGUCGAGCCGUUGGUAUCGUACAACCGGAAGAUGGCCCGGAUGUAUCCGACCUCAUCGCUGUGGACCCCUGAAGAACAAACCCGUAGACAACGGGCAGCUGACUUGUGUCCCUGCAACAGGGUCGCCAAUAAGCGAGAAGGCGCCACCGAAGCGUCACGACGUCCACCCACGGCCACGGCCACAACCCGGGCACUCAUGGCACUGCUUUGUGCCGGAGAAAGCGAGCCACAACCAGGGCCCUCGGGAAUCACUAAACCUGGUCCAUCCGGAUCUUCCAGAUAUGACACAACGAGAGCUGGUCCUUCGAAAAAAAGCAAAAUUGACGAAGAGGGUCAGAAUAGCUCCGAUAAACAGAAAGAGACCGAUGCAAUGAACGAAUUAACUAGACUUGCACUGAGCAUAUCGAUUAGCCAUAUGGACCAGCAGCUGGAUUCGGAUGAUGAUGAUUCCGAUUAGCUCGCAAAACUCAUAACUGUUCGAUAGAUUUAAUCGUGUGAUGACUUGCACUUGGAGAAGCAAUUGCAUGUACUUUUUUUUUGUAAAGGUGUACAAAAUUUUAAAGUACCCAUUAUAUAUCAGACUCUAAAUUGUG